AUCAAGAUAACAUCAAAACAUAAGCUAAAACAAACACUACUCUACCUAUUGCUCAAAGUUGACCAUGAUGAUGACUUUCCCCAUCCUCUUCGUGUUUUCUCUCCUUUUCUCUUCUUCCUAUGCUGCUGUUCAAGACUUCUGUGUUGCAGACUACACAGCUCCUCAAGGCCCCGCAGGCUACUCCUGCAAAGAUCCCGCAAAUGUCACGGUAGACGAUUUCGUCUAUUCUGCCCUAGGAGUUCCCGGUAACACCUCAAAUAUGAUCAAAACCGGAAUCACCACCGCAUUUUCUCCUCAAUUCCCUGGUUUGAAUGGCCUUGGCGUUGCACUAGCUCGCGCAGACUUGGCUGUUGGUGGAGUUGUCCCUAUGCACACACACCAUGGAGCUUCAGAAAUUGUACUUAUCAUUGAAGGAACUAUAACCGCCGGGUUCAUUUCCUCAGAUAACGAAGUUUAUGUAAAAACUCUGAAGAAGGGUGACAUCAUGGUUUUCCCUCAAGGACUGUUGCACUUCCAAGUGAAUGUUGGUGAUACUCCAGCUCUUGAGUUUGUUAGCUUCAGCAGUGAUAACCCCGGUCUGCAGAUUCUCUAUACCGCACUAUUUCAAAACGAUUUACCUACUGACCUAAUCGCGCGAUCUACUUUCCUCGACACUGCUGAGAUAAAGAAACUCAAGGCUCUUCUUGGUGGUACUAAUUAAGGUUGACAUAUAUGCACCAAAUACGAAAUAUUGUUACUAAUAAUGUCUCUUAUUGAUCUGGUUAGGCCUGACUAAUGUAAGAGUACUACUCUAUGUAGUAUGUACUAGUAUGCUGCUUCAUGUGUGAAGCAAUUAAUCAUGUAAAAAAUUGUACUUCAUCAUCAAUAAAAGAAUUUAAUUUAAUUG